GAAGAGGAGUCUAGACUGCACGGACAGUGCGGAGGUGUGUUCUCCCUUUUAGGAACGCUUGUUCUCCUGCUUCCUAGACCCCAGAGUCACGGACACCGCCCUCGGCCUCUCAGGACGCGGAAGCGGAGGGGGGCGGGAUCCGGCCUAGGAUUGGCUGUUGCAGGCCGACCCCCUUUCCCUGCGGUCCAUUCGCGCUCCCCCGCCGGCGCCUGCGCGGUGGGCCGGCUGUGGGGGGCGGGGGGGCGGGAAGCGGCUGGGGGCGGCAGAGCCCAUGUCGGCCUUGAGGCGCUCGGGCUACGGCCCCAGUGACGGCCCGUCUUAUGGCCGCUACUACGGGCCUGGGGGUGGAGAUGUGCCGGUGCACCCGCCUCCGCCCAUCUACCCCCCGCGCCCCGAGCCUCCCCAGCCUCCCAUUUCCUGGCGGGGGCGCGGGGGCGGCCCGGCGGAGACCACCUGGCCGGGGGAAGGCGGAGGAGGCGAUGGCUACUACGCGUCUGGAGGCGCCUGGUCAGAGCCGGGUCGUGCUGGCGGAGGCCACCAGGAGCAGCCACCAUAUCCUAGUUACAGUACUAGCUAUUGGAAUUCUACUGCCCGACCUCGGGCUCCUUACCCAAGUACAUACCCUGUAAGACCGGAAAUGCAAAGCCAGAGUUUGAAUUCUUAUACAAAUGGGGGAUAUGGCCCACCAUACCCCACUGGCCCGGGGACAAAUACUGCCUCAUACCCUGGGGCCUAUUACACACCGGGGUAUGCUCAGGCCAAUUACUCCACAGAGGUUCCAAGCACUUAUCGUUCACCUGGCAACAGCCCAGCCCCAGUCUCCCGUUGGAUGUACCCCCAGCAGGACUGCCACACUGAAGCACCCCCUCUUAGGGGGCAGGUUCCAGGAUAUCCUGCUUCACAGAACCCUGGAAUGAGCGUGCCCCAUUACCCUUAUGGGGAUGGUAAUCGUAGUGUUCCACAACCAGGACCGACUGUUCGACCCCAGGAGGACUCAUGGGCGCCUCCAGCUGCUUAUGGAAUGGGAGCCCGGUACCCCUGGCCUUCAGCUGCGCCCUCAGGACCACCGGGGGGUCUCUACAUGAACGAGGGUACUUCCUCAUGGCCUAGCAGUGGCUCUCCUCAGCCACCUGCUUCACCGCCACCCCCACAGCCUAAGGACUCCUCCUACACCUACAGCCAACCAGAUCAAGGCAUGAGCCAGCACAACUUCCCUUGCAGUGUCCAUCAGUACGAGUCCUCGGGAUCAGUGAACGAUGACAGUUCAGAGCUUUUGGAUUCCCAGGUCCAGUAUAGUGCUGAGCCUCAUCUGUAUGGUAAUGCCACCCACGAACAUCCCAGCACUCAAGACCAGGGUAAUCAUCUUGCUGAAGAGUGUUUAUCUUCAGAUGAAGGGACUCCCCCAAGCAUUAAAAAAAUCAUACAUGUGCUGGAGAAGGUCCAGUAUCUUGAGCAAGAAGUAGAAGAGUUCGUAGGAAAAAAGACAGACAAAGCCUACUGGCUUCUGGAAGAGAUGCUAACCAAGGAACUUCUGGAACUGGAUUCAGUUGAAACUGGGGGCCAGGACUCCGUCCGGCAGGCCAGGAAAGAGGCGGUUUGUAAAAUCCAGGCCAUACUGGAAAAAUUGGAAAAAAAGGGAUUAUGAAGGGAUUUAGAACAAAAGGGGAGCCUGUUACUAACUCGACCAAAGAACUCUUGAUUUUGGUUAAUUACCUUCUUUUUGAAAUGCCUGUUGACGACAAGAAGCAAUACAUUCCAACUUUCCUUUAAUAGAAAACUUGAAAAACUGGUAAAGGACUUGGAAGAACAGUUGGGUUAUGAGUUGUUUUCAGACCAGUGAAUGUAAUAGGGAGCUCUCGGGUUAUCGGUAUUGCCAAGUAGACUCGCCUGGUAAGAAAUAUAUGGGUGUCGUGGGCAAGCUGCUUCUUAUCAGCAGGAGGGAAAUUCACCUUAUGUAACAGGCUCCUCAGAAACCUACAGGAUAAGACUGGAUGUUCUUUGGACAGGCUCUGUUUUUUUAAACAUCUGGAUUACUUGUCACAUUUUUGUACAUUGUAACUGCUUUCACCAUACACUCUGUAAAUUACAGCUUGGACUUUAGCCUCCUUGGACCUCUGUUUUGUUUUGUUAUUUGCAGUUCACAAAUGUAGUAUGAUUCUCUAUUUCUUGGUAUAUUUUGUAGUAAUAUGUUUAAUAUAAUUACUCAAGAGACUGUACUGACAGCCAGAUAAUAUGGCAGUUCUGGAUAAAUUUGUACCCUUUCACCACUUGAAUAUAUUGCGCUGUGUAGUGAGUUUCUGAGGUAGAUUGUCUCCUUUUUUUGUAUAGAUUAUCAGGUUAGAGUUUUACCACUUCUGUUUUUCUUGUUACUGUCAGAAGGUUAAUUUGGAAAUGGCAUGCCUAUAGGAAUGAAAAUGUAGGCAUAUUCUUUUUUGCUUUCUUCAUUGUAUUUGAAUGAAGCUUCACUUUAAAAUUU